AUGCCUCUCAGCAAUUCCCAAGACAGCGGCUUAACAGGCGCCGCCAAAUUCACUACCUCGACGGUUGGAAACUUAGUCGGCGGAGUGAGUCGCACAGUGGGCGGCGUCACUGGUGCUGCGACGCGCGGAGUGGGCGAUACCAUCACCAGUGCUACAGGAAGUGCAGGCAAGCCCAUUGGUGAUGCACUGAGCAGUGUAGGAACAGGAGUGGAAGACGGAGCAAAGAGAGUCGCAAAGGGAGUCGAGGAUGCUGGGCAAUGGAAAUAA